AUGGCUCAUCUUAACUUAUUUGUCGUUCUGGUCGCGUCGCUUGUGUGCUUCACAUUGGCCGAAGAAAAGUACACAACUAAAUUCGACAACUUCGACGUGGACAAGGUGUUGAACAACGACAGAAUUUUAACCAGCUACAUCAAGUGUUUGCUAGACCAGGGAAAUUGCACCAACGAAGGCCGAGAAUUGAAGAGAGUUUUGCCAGACGCAUUGAAAACUGACUGCAGCAAAUGUACAACUGUACAAAAAGACAGAUCAGAAAAAGUAAUCAAGUUUUUGAUCAAGAACCGUUCUAAAGACUUUGAUAAUUUGACUUCCAAAUACGACCCAUCGGGCGAAUACAAAAAGAAGCUCGAAAAAUUAGAAGCCGAAAAGGCUGCUAAAAAUUAA